CUGGAUUCCCGGGAGCCGCUAGGACCAUGGCCACCUCCUCGGUGUCCAAGGGCUGCUUUGUGUUUAAGCCAGACUUCAAGAAAAGAAGGAUCUCUGUGCCAGUAGAGGAAUAUUUUAAUAAAGGAAAAAAUGAGUCUGAGGACAGUAAUCUUCGAUUUGAAACUUAUCAGUUGAUAUGGCAGCAGAUGAAAUCUGAAACUGAGCAACUGCAAGAGGAAUUAAAUAAAAACCUAUUUGACAGCCUAAUCAAAUUUCUGCAAAAGUCUCAUUCUGAAUUCCAGAAGAAUUCAAAAGACUGGGGCUGUCAAAUAAAACUCAGAGAAAUUCCAACAGCUGCUCUUAUUCUAGGUGUGAAUGUAACAGAUCAUGAUUUAACGUUCAGAAGUCUAACAGAAGCCCUUCAGAAUAAUGUCACUCCAUAUGUAGUCUCAUUGCAAGCUAGAGACUGUCCAGAUAUGAAACAUUUUUUGCAAAAGCUGUUCUCACAGUUGAUGUACUGCCAUGUAGAUGUGGAAUCCAAAGAGGAGGAAAAAGAUAUCCAGAAAAAGACACAUUGUUCAAUGGAUUCUCUUUCCAGUUGGUAUAUGAAUGCCACACAGAAGACAGACCCAGGAAAGCCAGGGAAAAAGAGGACUACUUGUAGCCAGUGGCAGUCUCCUCCUGUUGUGCUUAUCUUAAAGGAUAUGGAAAGCUUCACCACAAAAGUACUACAAGACUUCAUAAUUAUCAGCAGUCAACAUCUACAUGAAUUUCCACUAAUACUCAUUUUUGGAAUUGCCACAUCUCCUAUUAUCAUCCAUCGGUUGCUUCCUCAUGCAGUAUCAUCUCUAUUGUGUAUAGAAAUAUUCCAAUCUUUGUCUUGCAAGGAGCACCUGACUACAGUACUUGAUAAGCUACUUCUUACAACUCAGUUUCCCUUUAAGCUGAGUGAAAAAGUGUUACAGAUUCUGAUCAGCAUUUUUUUGUAUUACGAUUUUUCAAUUCAGAACUUUAUAAAAGGACUUCAGCUCUCUCUAUUAGAGCAUUUCUAUUCCCAACCCCUCAGUGUUCUGUGCUGUAAUCUCCCAGAAGCCAAAAGAAGAAUAAAUUUUUUAUCAGAUAAUCAAUGUGAAAACAUCCGACGUCUUCCAUCAUUUAGGAGGUACGUGGAAAAGCAAGCUGCAGAAAAACAAGUUGCACUGUUGACCAAUGAGAAAUUUUUGAAGGAGGAGACACAAUCAUUACUAGAAAACCUGCAUGUUUACCAUAUGAAUUACUUUCUGGUUUUGAGAUGUCUUCAUCAGUUCACUUAUUCUCUUCCCAAGUACCCAUUGGGUCGACAGAUCAGAGAGCUGUACUGCACAUGUUUAGAAAAGAACAUAUGGGAUUCAGAGGAGUAUGCAUCAGCCUUGCAGCUGCUGAGAAUGUUGGCGAAGGAUGAACUGAUGACCAUACUUCAGAAGUGUUGCAGCAUUUUAAAGUCCUCUUCUGAAAAGCAGCUUGGCAGCUCAGCAAAGAGAAUAGAGGAGCUCCUGGCCCAGUUUGACAGCCUUGAUGCAGAAGCUAAAGAGGAAGAAGAUACUUCCGGGUCACAGUCAAAGGGGCUUCAGAAGACGGACCUCUAUCAUCUUCAGAAGUCCUUAUUGGAAAUGAAGGAGUUAAGAAGAACAGGUAAGAAGCAGACCAAGUUUGAACUACUGAGAGAAAAAGUCGUGAACUUCAUCGACAGUCUGGUGAGACAGUACCUUUUGCCUCCUGAGACGCAGCCUUUGCACGAGGUGGUGUACUUCACUGCCGCCCACACCCUUCAGGAGCACUUGAAUGCUGCUCCGCGAAUCGCCCUCCACACUGCGCUCAACAAUCCUUAUUAUUAUCUUAAGAAUGAAGCACUGAAAAGUGAAGAAGGCUGCAUUCCAAACGUCGCCCCAGACAUCUGUAUAGCAUACAAACUGCACCUAGAGUGCAGCAGGCUCAUCAACCUUGUGGACUGGUCAGAGGCUUUUGCAACAGUUGUGACAGCUGCUGAAAAACCGGAUGCCAAUUCUGUAACCUCAGAAGAAAGGAAUGAAAUUAUCCAUGCUCGGUUUAUUAGAGCUGUUUCUGAACUAGAACUACUGGGAUUUGUAAAACCUACCAAACGGAAGACUGACCAUGUUGCAAGGCUAACAUGGGGAGGCUGCUAGAAAGCAAAUGAAUGGAGCUAAAAGCAUCACAUUUAGCCUAAGAGAAAAGGGAGACCAGUCAUACUUAUUUAUACAACUAGAUGAAGACAGACGUGCAACCCCCUAUGUAAUGUUUAACCAGAAAGUAGACUGCUAAUCCAAAACAGGAAUAUAGCAAAACACCUUUGGAGUGCUUCAGAAUCCAACAACGUGCUUACAUUGUAACUAAACCUCGCACAUUAUUACUGUAACUUUCACAUUAUUAAUAGUUCUUGAACAUGGUAUAUAAAUGUAAUAAAUACCUUUAUCCAGGAGUAUAAAUCAGUUGCAGUUGAUUUAAUAGGACUCAUACCUGCUCCAAGACAUUUUGGGGACAAAUGGAAAAAUCUGAAUAUGGACUGGGUAUUAAAGUAGCGAAGUUGAUAAAGAUAUCAUAAAAGAACUACGUUAUCCUUAGGAACUGCAGCAUGUACUUUGAAAGUUACUGCAAAUAUGGUACAAUAACUGCUCACAUUAACUGUAUUAACUAGACUAUUCUUUCAGACUUUCUAUGGAAAAAAAGUUUGAGUUUUGCUUUAAAGGUUAUUAUAGAGCAGAAAAAUAGGGUACUAGAACUAGGGGGGAUUACAGGAUCAAAAUAUUUUUAAUAGUAUGCUUAUAUGCUUAUGGGGGUGUUCUAGGGAACAAAAUGAAUGCAGGAGAGGGGGUGCUCAGAACUGUCUUUGAGAUGGGAAUUUGGAUCUAAUUUUUAUCUAAGGCAAACAUAGGAACAGAAUUGCUGGAACCACAUCUGAGUAAACAGGGACAAAUAAUUAAGUGCUUAACACCAAUUACUGUAUAAUUUUGAAUGGAGUAGAUAAUUCAAGUAAGAUAAUCCUUUCCAACCACAACAGCCUGAUAUCAACCUAGGGAGCAUAUUAAAUUCCAACAGUCCUCCCCUCCCCACCUUCUAAAGCAGUCUUGAGGUAGAACAUAAUAGGAUCUUUCCUCGAAGUUUUCCAGUUAAUAUUGUUAAUUCAAUGAAUGUCUUAUUUAGAAACCAUUUUCUUCAGCGAUUAUAAGUUCUUACCAUAAGCCAAAGAUAGCUUUGAUAUUUCAAACCUCCAGUACAUUUUUUC